AUUUUUUUCAAAAAUAAAAAUAGAGAUGUGAUUGUAAAUAAAGACUGUAAUGUGGAGUAGUUGCCUGCGCAUUUCUCCGAGGCGCACGUGCAUCAAUGAGUGUUCAACUGUCCACAAAUCACUUCUCAGCGACUUCAACAUUGCUUGGGAAUUGUGAAAAUCAGGAGAAUUUCUGAUUGAGGAAAUUGCGCAGACGUUUUAGGUUAUCAACCACGUGUAGUCUGUUGGGAUCACUUGUAGUCAUGUCAGAUAAGGAAAUAUCUCUGCAAGAUGCUAAAACUCAACUUUGGAAGAUAAUGGAGAGUCUGAAUAAAUCUCAUCGUGAGCAUCUGCUGUCAUUUGCGAUUCAAGAGUGGAUGACGAUUAAAAUUGGGGACGAAUCAGACGACGACUUCAAGGACGAGGACGAGCAUUUGCUGGACGAUCCAGUGGCGACGUUGAACAAAAUUGUCAAGGAGAUCCGUGAGAAAGUUCCUUUCGACGCCGUUCUACCCUCAGAGGAGAUAAAAAUCCCGACGAAGGGUCCGAACGGCGAUUGUGAUCCCAAAAUCACAGUGCACGUAGAUGGCUUUCUAUAUAACGACGACGAUGUCCAUGAUUUGGUAAAGGAAGGAAAAUUGUCCAGGCAUUAUUGCAAGGACUGUGGCUCUAGGAACAUUGACUCUCUCAUAUACAUAUCCCACUCAGUCUCUCGCGACGAGUUGUACCACAUAUUCAAUACCCUCCUGCCCACCCUGGACGGCAAGAUCGUCCUCGACGUUGGCUCACGACUGGGCGCAGUCUUGUACGGCGCGUACGUCUACACUGACGCAGACAAGAUAAUCGGUGUGGAAAUGAACAAGGAUUGGUGCGAUCUGCAGAACGAGGUCGUUCGUAAACACAAGAUGGAUAAACGCAUUGAGAUUAUCAAUAAACGGAUAGAAGACGCUGGGGACGUGGUGCGAGAGGCUGACGUCGUGGUCCUGCACAAUGUUUUUGAAUUUUAUCUGUCGGAAGAGGAGCAGAGGAACGUCUGGAAAUUCCUGAAGGAACACAUUAAAAAGGGGGCCUUUGUCAUCUCUCGCCCCUCGAUAGCUUCGUGUCUAUCGACAUUGGACACUGGAAUUGAUGUGGAUCGAUGGAUCGAACGUACGGAGUCGGAAAUUGAGCUUCAAGUCAACUAUUUCGACUCGGAAGAGGAGAAGUCUGAUGCUUGUUCGGGAAUAUUUUGCUAUAAAGUUUUAUAAAUAUUGAAAUGAAUUGAAAUGAAAUAAAUUUAUCUUUUUUAUCAAGUCCAAA